AUGUGCUCGGUCAAGUCGUGGAUUCGUGUCGUCAAUGCCGUGCUCAUCUUUCUUCAAAUUCUCUCCGUCGCCAUGCUUCUUUUCGGCAUCUUCACGCUCUUUUACGUGAAAAAGCCAUGUACGUGCAUUCUAGCCGCAGGACCCGAAUCCUUCAUUGAUAAACCCAAAUAUGAUCUUGAUUGCGCUAACUGGCGUGUGGAGAAGCACAAGGAGAGCAAGGGAAUUCGCUUGAUGUUCUUGAAUCUGUGGGUGUCCACCGAAUUCAAUCGUACAAGAGAUCCAUUCACGGAGCCGACGGUACUAGGAUCUGCAUCGGACGACGUCAAAAAGCAGCUCUACACCAUGUGCUUGGGUGCUCAAAUCUGGUACUUCUGGUUCGUGCUGUUGUUGUUUCCCGCGAUCAUCUUCACCGUCAUCAUUUGCUCGUGUGUCGGCACCUGCACAAAGAGACAUUGGUUCUGGCAACUGCCUGCGAUUUUGUGCAUUGGAGUUUUUGGAACACUGGGAAUCGUCGGAACCAUCUUUUCGCUCAACCUGUCGACGAAUUGGUCGAAUUGGUUCGUUUGGAUGCAUUCAGUGAACUCGAUCUUCUUCAUGUGUUACGCGGUGGCGCUGCUCGUUUUUACGGUGUUGAUGUGCAUGAAAUCGCGUCAGGCACAGUAUGAGGUGGUGAACAAGGAUGCCGAGCGAUCCGUGCAAGAGAGAUACCCGUCAGUGCGACAAAAAAGUGAUUAUUCCUCAUCGGAUGAGGAG